AUGGCCGACGACGCCUCAUACACAGCUUUCCUAGAGAAAGCCAACGCCGACGUUAGUGGUCCAAGCCACAGCCACGAACAAUCGCCAUCGACCUCGCAAGCACGGACGAAACUCGAUCCGACGACCUCGACUACAUCCCAACUCGAAGCCUUACCAGCCUCCCUCAAGUCGUUGCCUUCGGACCUGACAUACACGUCGGACACAGAUGAGCCAUUCCAGCCGAUCGCCCUGAACUACGCAGGCACGGAGCUUCCGAAUGCAGAGGAGUUCCGCAAGUGUUUGGGCGCAAAGGGCCAGACCGCCGGCGCGGUGGAAGAACUGUCAGCUGAAGAAUUCGAUCCUCGGGGUCAAUAUAAGGAUAUCAUUGAGCGGGUAAGUCAGGCCGCAAAAGAACAGAACCUGAAAGUCAAGGUGUACAGGGUCGAAAUUAGUCGGACGAGAGCAGAGUAUUAUAUAUUGACACUGGGCGAGAAAAUGUUGGUCGGUGUGUAUGUGAAGGCGGUGGAAAGCUAG